AUGGGACGGGCACGUUAUGGCUCUGCGUUUUCUCUUUUUUUUCAUCAAUUUCCUGGUUGUACAUUAUGUCUACGGACAUGGAAUGAUACCGACGACCUUAACUCGCUUGAGGGAUUUCAACUUUCGGAUACUAGCCCUGGGCAUGAGCCCAAAUCAAUGAAAACUCCAGGUCUUUCAAGUGUUAAAAAAAUAUACCUACUUCCUUUCGUACUUUAA